AUGGACUCCCCAUCCCCCACUGGCUUGGUCGCGGGAUCCCACCGGCGUAACGAGCUGCAUGUCAUGCAUGGCCAUGAGGAGCCAAAGAUUCAGAAUCACCACUUGAACGCAAAAGUUUGCCGUGUUUGUGGUGAUGAGAUCGGGCUCAAGGAGAAUGGUGAGAUGUUCAUGGCGUGCCACGAGUGUGGGUUCCCUGUCUGCCAGCCUUGUUACGAAUACGAGCGGAGUGAGGGCAACCAAACCUGCCCCCAGUGCAACACUCGUUACAAGCGUCAUAAAGGAUGUCCAAGGGUUGAAGGGGACGGAGAUGAUGGCGCUGAUAUGGAUGAUUUUGAAGACGAAUUCCCACUUAAGAGCCCCAAAAAAUCACAAGAGAAUCAUCGCUUGGAUAUUAACUCGGAGAAUGGUGACAGGAUGCAACAGUGGAGGCCGAAUGGGCUUUCAUCCUUUACAGGCAGUGUCACCGCUAAGGAGUUGGAGGCCGAGAGGGAGAUGGAAGGGAACAUGGAAUGGAAGGAUAGGGUGGAGAAAUGGAAGGUAAAGCAAGAGAAGAGAGGAAUGAUCAACAAAGAUGAUGAAGAAGAUAAUGAUCAGGAUGCUUAUGAAGAUGAGAUGCUAAUGGCGGAGGCCCGGCAACCCCUCUGGCGGAAGGUGCCGAUCCCGUCGAGCAAGAUCAACCCAUACCGCAUUGUGAUCGUCCUCCGCCUCGUCAUCCUGUGCUUCUUCUUCCGCUUCCGCCUUACCACCCCUGCGAAAGAUGCCUACGCCCUCUGGCUCACAUCGGUCAUCUGCGAGAUCUGGUUCGCCCUCUCGUGGAUCCUCGACCAGUUCCCCAAGUGGUUCCCCAUCACCCGCGAGACUUACCUCGACCGCCUCUCCAUGCGAUUCGACCGCGAGGGGGAGCCCAGUCGCCUCGCCGCCGUCGACGUGUUCGUAAGCACCGUCGACCCUCUCAAGGAGCCGCCGAUCAUCACUGCGAACACCGUCUUAUCCAUCCUGUCGGUUGACUACCCGGUCGACAAGGUGAGCUGCUACGUGUCGGAUGACGGCGCGUCCAUGCUCUUGUUUGACGCGCUGUCGGAGACCGCCGAGUUCGCACGUAGGUGGGUCCCGUUCUGCAAGAAGUACACCAUCGAGCCGAGGGCCCCGGAAUUCUAUUUCUCGGAGAAAAUAGACUAUUUGAAGGACAAGGUGCAGCCAAGCUUCGUGAAGGAGAGAAGAGCCAUGAAGAGAGAGUACGAAGAGUUCAAAGUGCGGAUCAAUGCAUUGGUGGCCAAGGCUCAGAAGAAGCCGGAGGAAGGGUGGGUGAUGCAGGAUGGUACGCCGUGGCCUGGGAACAACACAAGGGACCAUCCGGGAAUGAUACAGGUAUACCUGGGGAGCGCGGGUGCACUUGAUGUAGAAGGUAAAGAACUCCCUCGGCUCGUGUACGUCUCACGUGAGAAGCGCCCAGGCUACCAACACCACAAGAAAGCCGGGGCCAUGAAUGCACUGAUUCGAGUUUCCGCGGUGCUCACUAAUGCGCCAUUCAUGUUGAACCUGGAUUGUGAUCACUACAUCAACAACAGCAAGGCCUUAAGGGAAGCAAUGUGCUUCUUAAUGGACCCUCAGUUAGGGAAGAAGCUUUGCUAUGUCCAAUUCCCUCAGAGGUUCGAUGGAAUCGACCCCAAUGACCGAUAUGCCAACCGUAACGUGGUCUUCUUUGAUAUCAAUAUGAAAGGCCUAGAUGGCAUCCAAGGCCCCGUGUAUGUUGGAACUGGCUGUGUCUUCAAUCGCCAAGCAUUGUAUGGCUACGACCCCCCCAAGUCCCAGAAGCGGCCCAAGAUGACAUGCGACUGCUGGCCCUCAUGGUGCUGCUGCUGCUGCUGCAGCGGGCGCUCGAGGAAAUCCAAGUCCAAGAAGGAAGAUCACAAGGGAGGGUUCCUAGGAUUUAUUGGCAAGAAGGGAAAGAAGAACAAGAUGGUGGUGGUGAACAAGAAGAGCUACAUGAAGAGGGGGUUCGACCUUGAGGAGAUUGAGGAGGGGCUGGAGGGGUAUGAUGAGCUGGAGAAAUCGUCACUCAUGUCGCAGAAGAGCUUCGAGAAGCGAUUCGGGCAGUCGCCAGUGUUCAUCGCAUCGACGCUCAUGGAGGAUGGCGGGCUGCCACAGAGUGUUAACAGCAAUGGGCUCAUCAAGGAGGCCAUUCAUGUCAUCAGCUGUGGGUAUGAGGAGAAGACCGAAUGGGGGAAGGAGAUCGGAUGGAUAUAUGGGUCCGUGACAGAGGAUAUCUUGACAGGCUUCAAGAUGCACUGCAGAGGCUGGAAGUCUGUUUACUGUGUUCCUCCCCGAGCCGCUUUCAAAGGUUCGGCACCAAUAAAUCUCGCGGAUCGGCUGCACCAGGUGUUACGUUGGGCUUUGGGAUCGGUUGAGAUAUUCCUUAGCCGGCAUUGCCCUCUAUGGUACGGCUAUGGUGGGAACUUGAAAUGGCUAGAGAGGCUGGCAUACACCAAUACCAUCGUGUAUCCCUUCACAUCCAUCCCUCUUCUCGCCUACUGCACGAUCCCAGCCAUCUGCCUCCUUACUGGAAAAUUUAUCAUCCCCAGUCUGAACAACUUUGGAAGCCUAUGGUUCAUUGGUCUCUUCCUCUCCAUCAUUGCCACCGGAAUCCUCGAGCUCCGAUGGAGCGGUGUGAGCAUCCAGGACUGGUGGCGGAACGAGCAGUUCUGGGUCAUUGGUGGCGUGUCGGCGCACCUCUUCGCGGUCUUCCAGGGUCUCCUCAAGGUCCUAGCUGGUGUAGACACCAACUUCACGGUCACCUCCAAGGCUGCGGAUGACACCGAGUUUGGAGACCUGUACCUCUUCAAGUGGACAACCCUUCUCAUCCCUCCCACCACUCUAAUCAUCCUCAACAUGGUGGGGGUUGUCGCCGGAGUGUCGGAUGCCAUCAACAAUGGAUAUGGUUCAUGGGGCCCGCUGUUCGGGAAGCUCUUCUUCGCCUUCUGGGUCAUUGUUCAUCUGUAUCCUUUCUUGAAGGGGCUGAUGGGGAGACAGAACAGGACGCCAACCAUAGUGGUCCUCUGGUCUAUUCUUCUUGCCUCCAUCUUCUCUUUGGUUUGGGUCCGGAUCGAUCCUUUCUUGCCCAAACAGAAGGGGCCCAUUCUCAAGCAGUGUGGAGUGGAGUGCUAAUUAGGUCUCCCUUUUGGGGCCUUUGAUUUGUUUCUUCUCAUUUUACUUGACAUCGAUCGUUUCCGGUGUGGAGCAUAAGAAAGUAUUAUGUGGGAUUGAAGAGUACUUUGGUGCCAAAUCUUCGACUGUUUGGGAUGAUAUAUAACACGCCAUGUAAUUAAAUUUUGCUGAAAUCAAGAGCUUUUGAUACAUGUUGCAGAAGAAGAAAGUUUAUGAAAAUUAAAUAGCCAAUCAUCGAUC